CGUCACAUUACUGAAUUGAUAUUCAUGAGCAAGGUCUUCACCAUAGUGAAUUCCAGUCUGGGUUGACACCAUUGACAUUUAAAAGGUUUCCACCCUCUACGUCUCCUAGAACCUUUUUGUUCUCUUCGUCCAAGGGCAGAACUGACUGCAACCUUUGAAGAACUGAAGUUGAUGUCCCCUGAAUAACGUGUUUUCCGACCGAAGACAUUUUGUUACUGCUACUAUGGCACACUCAAGUCAUGAUGGCGACAUUGAAACUGAUGAUGCAGUUGGUCAUACUUCAUGGUCAUCCAUGAGUGAUCGUCUGAGUUCCUUCCAGCACUUCCCUCUUUCUAAAGAAGUUUCAGCAGAGCGACUGGCCCGUGCAGGCUUUUAUUUUACAGGCGAGGCCGACAAGGUGCGCUGUUUUAGCUGCCAUGCGACGGUGAAGGACUGGAACAAAGAAGAUGCCCCAUUGAAGAGACAUCAUGAAGCAUCUCCCAGCUGCAGUUUCCUUAGCUGUGCUCACGGCUUGAGAACCUCCGACCUCAUCCACAGCCCUGCUUACGACGAAGUGGCUGAAGCCAGGGAGUUCCUCCUUCGCACGGGAGGGGUGGAGGAUCAGACCAUUUAUCCCACUGCGCCACACAUGAAGAGAGAAGAAGCUCGGCUGAAUACUUUUAGUAACUGGCCUGCAGGCACUCCAGUUCAGCCCGAUGACCUGGCGGCAGCAGGGAUGUAUUACACUGGGACAGAUGACCAUGUGCAGUGCUUCUGUUGUGGGGGGCUUCUGGCAGGAUGGGAGCAAGGUGACGACGCCUGGGAUGAACAUACAAAGCACUACCCAAACUGCUUCUUCAUCUUAGGCCAUGAUGUGGGCAAUGUACCACUGACAACACCCAGACCCAGGGUGAAUGGUCGUGCAACCUCUCUGGAGACUUUUGAGGGCCGUCUUGAUAGCUUCACAGGCAGACAACAUCCCAUAGAUCCUGAGAGACUGGCCAGAGCUGGUUUCUACAGCACAGGAAAACAAGACCAUGUGAUCUGCUUUAGAUGUGGAGGAGGAAUGAAGGACUGGAUGCCCGAUGAAGACCCUUGGGAGGAGCAUGCCAAGCACUAUCCAGGCUGCAGUUUCCUUCUGGCAGAAAAAGGAGCAGAAUAUGUCAACACUAUGCAACUGAGAUAUCCUAAUGGAGCCCAUUCAAGGUCAAGUCAGAAUGGCUUUUCGAGUCAUGAGCAAGCAGCACAGAAAGUCCUACAGUCAGAGAUUGCUCAAAAGGCUGUAGAUAUGGGUUUUGACCCCAUCAAAGUGGAGAGCACCAUUCUGCAGAAGUUACGUCAGAACAAUAAGGGCUAUACUUCAGUGGAGGCCCUUAUUCAAGACAUCAGUGCACAGGAAAGUGCUAGUGACGUGCCCAAGAAAGCAGAUGACCCCAUAAAGAAACUUGAGAAACUCCAGAGGGAGAAACUCUGUAAAGUCUGCAUGGACAGUGACAUUAGCAUCGUCUUUAUUCCCUGUGGACACCUCGUCACUUGUCAAAAAUGUUCAGAACCCCUGAACAAGUGUCCCAUCUGCUGUGCCACCAUCACUCAGAAGAUAAAGACCUACAAUGCCUAAAAAAUAAAGAAACCAGCACUCCAAAUGAAACGGAGAUGUGCGUUGAAAGUGGCAGAAUUUAACCAUUCCUAUAAUUCCACAUAGAUGUUUAAAAUUUUAAUUAAGCUGUGUGUGUAUAUAUCUGUAGAUGUACUCUGAUAAAAUUGUUUUAUUUUUUCAUCACACCUGAAAAGAACAUGCUGUACAUUAUAUGUUUGCUUUUAAUGAAGACAGGGACACACUACAUAAUGUAACUUGUAAUAUAUUGCAGGGAAAGGCUAUUAUAUAUACCUCUUAUUCCCCCCAAUAUGGCUGCUUCCAUCAAAUACACAAACUCAGAUUGAUAUUACUACCAUAGUGCCUUUAUGUAGAAAACUUUUUAUUAGCAUUUCCAUUCUGUUUAUUAAUUUGACUAUCAUGUAUUGAAAUGUACCUUAUAUUUGCUCUUUUAUUUCUUAUAAAAUAAUGAUUGCUUGAGACUUUUAAUUAUGUUCAAGGUUGAUUAAACUUUACCAGUCCAAACAUGUUUUCCUUAUGAUACAUUUCUGUUCUCAUAAUUAUUUCAAUAAUGAUUGUAUUAUAAAUGGCAAUGCUAAUAAAGUGGAAUUCACAAUGAA